GCACUCCGCGUUUCUACGGUCUCUCCCUGGAGCUUUGCCGUUGGAGGCGGUUGCUGAGGCACCGUAGGCCCCGCGCGGCAGCAGUAUGGAGGAGUUUAAGUCCGAGGAUUUCUCCGUCUCGAAGGAGGACGAGGACUACGCGCCGUCGGGUGGAGAGCGUCAUGAAGAUGCUGUAAAUGAAUUAGUGAAGGAAGGUGAAAUGGUUGCUGAAGAGGAUUCACAGAAAACCAAAGGGACAAAAAGAAAGGCUGAGAACGUUCUGGCCAGGAAGAGAAAACACAGUGGCCUCUCUCCACAACACGAGGACGAGGAGGAUGCCAGCAGGGAAUCUGGAGGGAGUAUUAGUGAGAAGGAAGAUGCAGCUGCAGAGCAGGAAAAAGGCGCCGAGUCCGAGGGUGCCAGGGAAGAGGAGGAGGAGGAAAUGUUGGCCAGCUCCGUCAGUGACGUAGAACCAAAAUCGGAAGUGCCUCCGUGUACACAAGUUAAAACAGGAGAGGAGAAUAAAGAGAUGGCUUCAAGUAAAGUGGUCAAAGCAGAAGAACAGGAGAAACCUAAAGAACCAGAAGAAGCUAAAGUCACCAAGGUGUUUGAUAUUGCUGGUGAAAAAGUCAGGUUUCUGAGGAGACAGGGAAGGCCUGGUAUGUCCCCGGAACAUGAGCCCCCCAGAUCAGAAGGUGGCCAACAUGCCACUGAGGAAGAGCAGAGGUCAGUUACUAAUACUUCGAGUAAGAAUGAAUCGACUAAGCGAAAGUGGAAACGACGUUCAAAUGUGGUCGUGACUGGUGAAGAAAGUAAACUCCGAUGCUGUAAAGAAGAAUAUUGCAUAGGAACCUGGAAUGUUAGAUCUAUGAAUCCAGGUAAAUUGGAUGUGGUGAAGCAGGAGAUGGAAAGAAUAAACAUCGAUAUCUUAGGAAUCAGUGAACUAAAAUGGACGGGAAUGGGCGAAUUGAAUUCAGAUGACCAUUAUAUCUAUUACUGUGGGCAACAGUCUCUUAGAAGAAAUGGAGUAGCUAUCAUAGUUAACAAAAGAGUCCGAAAUGCAGUAAUUGGGUGCAAUCUGAAAAAUGACAGAAUGAUUUCAGUUCGUUUCCAGGGCAAACCAUUCAACCUCACAGUCAUCCAGGUCUAUGCCCCAACUCCCUAUGCUCCAGAACCUGAAGUUUACCGGUUCUAUGAAGACCUACAACACCUCUUGGAAAUAACACCGAAAAUAGAUGUCCUUUUCAUCAUAGGGGAUUGGAAUGCAAAAGUAGGAAGUCAGGAGAUACCCAGAAUAACAGGAAAAUUUGGCCUCGGGGUACAGAAUGAAGCAGGGCGAAGGCUAAUAGAGUUUUGUUACCAGAACAGGCUGGUCAUAGCAAACACCCUUUUCCAACAACACAAGAGACGUCUCUACACAUGGACAUCACCAGAUGGUCGAUACCGUGAUCAGAUUGAUUAUAUUAUUUGUCGCCAAAGAUGGAGAAGCUCUGUACAGUCAGCAAAAACAAGACCUGGAGCUGACUGUGGCUCAGAUCAUAAGCUCCUUAUUGCAAAGUUCAGGCUUAAGUUGAAGAUAAUACCAAAAACGACUCGGCCAUUCAGGGGGACUAAUGAAGUGGGUGAGACCUCUCAAGAAGCAAAAUCUGUAUUCAAGCAAACUGAAAAGGGCAAACCUCAGGCUAAUAUCCCUUCAAAUGUGUCAUCAGUUCCUGGUGGAUCAGGGGUUUCUAAGGAAGUGGGUGAAACAUCUCAAGAAGGGAAAUCAGUCUUCAAGCAAAAUGAGAAGGAAGAACCUCAGUCCAAUGUCCCUUCAGCGGUACCAUCACUUCCUGCUGGGUCAGGAGUGUCUAAGGAAAUGGGUGAAACUUCUCAAGAAGGGAAAUCCGUCUUCAAGCAAAAUGAGAAAGAAGAACCUCAGUGUAGUGUCCCUUCGGCAGUGCCAUCACUUCCUGCUGGGUCAGGGCCUGAAAACUGUGACCUUCAGAAGAACCAGGAUUGCAGCAAUUAAGUAUCUGACUUUAUCCUUAACACCUGAACUGAGGAGACUCUUGAGAGUGCUUGGAGCGCAAGGAGAUCAAACCAGUUGAUCCAAAAGGAAAUCAGCUGAAUAUUCAUUGCAAGGACUGUUGCUGAAGUGAAGCUCCAAUACUUUGGCCAUGUGAUUUGAAAAGAUGACUCAUUGGAAAAGACUGAGAUACUGGGAAGAAUUGAAGGCAAUAGAAGAAUGUGGCAGCAGAGGAUGAGAUAGAUAGAUAGCAUCAUCAACUCAAUACACAUGACUUUGAGCAAACAUCAGGAGAUAUAGUGGAGGACAGAGGAGCCUGGUGUGCUUCAGUCC